CGAGCAGAACGAUGUGCGAUUCGUAUUGCCGACCGUCCGACAGCAAGAAGAAGACCGUUCGUUAUAAUAAUAUCAUCGCUGCACCACAUUAUACUAUUAUUCUUGUACGUCUUUUCGUUUUAAUUAUCUCAUUGGAUUACGAUUUUCACCGCUCACCGACGUCAUGUUGUUGAAGAUAACGCCGUUUUUGGCGGCGGUGAUCUUUUGCUGCGCAGCAGUUACAGUAAACGUAGCGGAAAAACCAACAGAGACACCAAUUGAUAAACGGAGCACAGCCAAUGGGUACGGUUCUUACGCCGGCGGUUAUGCUCCGACCGCAGAUUACGGUGCGGCGGCUGGACAAGACGGCGCUGCGGCUUACCAAUACGCUGCAGCGGCUCCGAUCGCCACCGGUCAAUACGCUUCGAGUCAAUACGCUGCGGUUCCAGCGGCUGCUUCCAUAGGUGCCUUAGUGGUGCCUACCAACCAGCUAUUCUACCCGCAGCAACAAGCGUACGGAUACUCGUCAGCUCCAGCUUACGCCGCCCCGCUGACUUCGGUGGCUUAUAGCGCCUAUCCAGCCACGACUUAUGGCUUCCAGUCACCCGCUUACAGUGCCGGUCAGUCGGCUGCUUAUGGUGCUGGUCAAUCAGCCACUUACGGUGCCGGCCAAUCGGCCACAUCUUACGGUUCCGGUCAAUCGGCUGCCACCGCUGCUUACAGCUCACCGCCGGUCGCUUCAUACAGCGUAUCAUCCUCAACACCAUAUAAACCAGGACCCGUGACUUUCGGCAAACCGGAAGCCGAUUUGCAAACCAACUUGGCACCAUCGUACCAAACGACCGCAGGACUUAGCAAUUACGUAUCUUCAUCUUUCAAAACCAACAAGUAUCCAUCGUACUCACCGUCCUCCUACCCAUCCACGUCAAGCGAAUAUUACGCAGCACAGCAGUCGUCGUCGUACGGGUCACCGUCCAAACCCAGUAGUUACCCAUCAUCAGUGUACCCGUCUGACAACUCAUACAACAAAUUUAAGUACCUGCCACAGAGUUCGUUGUACGGUGGUGGAUCAUCGUACAAACCAUCCCCAUCUGCCCAUUACAAACCAUCAUCACCGUUCGAUGCGUUCGCUCCAUCUUACGGACAAUCUUCGUCCUACUCGUCUUCACCACAAAAGUACAGUAGCUCUCCCUCGUACGGUGGUAGCUCUCCCUCGUAUGGUGGUAGCUCUCCCUCGUACGGAGGAAGCUCUCCCUCGUAUGGUGGUAGCUCUCACUCGUACGGUGGAAGCUCUCCCUCUUACGGUGGAAGCUCUCCCUCGUAUGGUGGUAGCUCUCCCUCGUACGGAGGAAGCUCUCCCUCGUAUGGUGGUAGUUCUCCCUCGUACGGUGGUAGCUCUCCCUCGUACAGUGGUAGCUCUCACUCGUUCGGAGGAAGCUCUCCCUCGUACGGUGGUAGCUCAUCUUUGUACGGAGGUAGCUCUCCCUCGUACGGUGGUAGCUCUCCCUCGUACAGUGGUAGCUCUCCCUCAUACGGAGGAAGCUCUCCCUCGUACGGUGGUAGCUCUCCCUCGUACGGUGGUAGCUCUCCCUCGUACGGUGGUAGCUCUCACUCGUACGGUGGUAGCUCUCACUCGUUCGGUGGAAGCUCUCCCUCGUACGGUAGUUCAUCUCUGUAUGCUGGUAACUCUCCCUCUUACAGUGGUAGCUCUUCUUCAUAUGGUUCACCGUCCCCGUACAAACCAUCGUAUGGAUCAUCAUCACUUUACAAAUCGCCGUCCUCGUACAAGGCGCCAUACAGCAGCUCCGGUCCAUCAUUUGAAUCAUCAUCCUCUUAUAAGCUGUCUCCGUAUUCUGGCGGAUCUUCUUACGAAGGAUCUUCAUCCCCAUACAAAUCUUCAUCUUAUGAAGGAUCUUCAUCUUCUUAUAAGUCAUCACCAACCUAUUCAUCUGGUUCAUUCAAACCAAUUACUUCUUCCUAUUCUCAGAGCGAAUAUGAAUCACCGUCAUCUUCUCUUUACAGUUCUAAGCCAAGUUCAUACGAAUACAGUUCUAAAUAUUGACACUAAUACAAUGUUCCUUUUUUAGAUGAAUUAAUUUUUAUGAUAAAAAACGUUUAGAUUGUAUGUUUAAAUUUGAAACUUGUGUUUUUUUUUAUUAAUCAUUCAUUUAAGUUAUUCUUGUACUGUUAAACAAUUUGAGAUACGCUAGUUCACAAAUAUUUGUUAUUUGUAUUAAUAUUAAGUGCUUUAUUUAAAUUACAUUUAUGAAUUAGUGAUUAAAUUAUAUUAUUAUAAGUAUAAUAAUACGUUAUUUAUUUGAUCGCAGAUCAUAAUUACCGCAAUCAAACAUUAUAUUUAAGAAUUAUAUAAACCAAAUAUACCUAUAACUUUUUUUUUUA